AAUAAUAGUGACGGAGGGAUAUGUGCGGCAGCAGAUGGCGGUGAUGCGGUUUGCAGGGAUCACCUUGUUAAAUGCGAGCAACCGGCAACUGUUAGUUAGUCGGGUUGUGUGAGAAGAGGUUGCUGUGUUCUGUUAGAACAGUGGUAUUAUAACAGUUCACCAUGUCGAAGACACAAAUAUCAUCUGAGGCAGGAAGUGCCUUCAUCCAGACGCAGCAGCUACAUGCAGCAAUGGCUGACACCUUCCUGGACCACAUGUGCCGCUUGGACAUUGACUCUGAGCCCAUUGUUGCACGCAAUACUGGAAUCAUCUGCACUAUUGGCCCAGCAUCUCGGUCUGUAGAAAUGCUAAAGGAAAUGAUCAAAUCUGGCAUGAAUGUGGCUCGUCUUAACUUCUCCCAUGGGACACAUGAGUACCAUGCUGGCACCAUAAAAAAUGUUAGGGAAGCUACAGAAAGCCUUGCAUCAAACCCCAUACAUUACCGACCUGUGGCUGUUGCGCUGGAUACAAAGGGACCAGAAAUCCGUACUGGCCUUAUUAAAGGGAGUGGCACAGCAGAGGUAGAGCUAAAGAAGGGAGGAGUCUUGCGCCUGACAUUGGAUGAUGCAUUCCAGGAAAACUGUGAUGAAAAUGUUCUAUGGGUUGAUUACAAAAACCUUCCAAAGGUGGUUGAGCCUGGCAGCAAAAUCUAUGUGGAUGAUGGGCUUAUAUCCCUGAUGGUUAAGGAAAUUGGUCCAGACUAUUGCAUUACAGAGGUGGAGAAUGGUGGGUCUCUUGGCAGUAAGAAGGGGGUUAACCUACCUGGAGCAGCUGUGGACUUGCCUGCUGUGUCUUCAAAGGAUAUCCAAGACUUGCAAUUUGGGGUGGCGCAAGGAGUUGACAUGGUGUUUGCUUCCUUUAUCCGCAAGGCAUCAGAUGUGAAUGCAGUUAGAGAAGUUUUAGGGGAGAAAGGCAAGAACAUAAAGAUUAUCAGCAAGAUUGAGAACCAUGAGGGAGUACGCAGGUUUGAUGAAAUCCUAGAGGCUAGUGAUGGCAUCAUGGUAGCUCGUGGUGACCUUGGCAUUGAGAUCCCUGGAGAGAAGGUGUUUCUUGCUCAAAAGAUGAUGAUUGGACGAUGCAACCGUGCUGGAAAACCUGUGAUUUGUGCCACACAGAUGUUGGAAAGCAUGAUUAAAAAACCACGGCCAACCCGUGCUGAAGGCAGUGAUGUAGCUAAUGCAGUUUUGGAUGGGGCAGAUUGCAUUAUGCUGUCUGGUGAGACAGCCAAGGGAGACUACCCAUUGGAAGCCGUUCGCAUGCAACAUGCUAUCGCUCGAGAAGCAGAAGCGGCUAUUUAUCACCGACAGUUAUUUGAAGAGCUGAGGCGAGUUUCCCCUCUUACCCGUGAUCCUACAGAGGCUACAGCAGUUGGAGCAGUGGAGGCAUCAUUCAAAUGCUCCAGUGGAGCCAUCAUCGUGCUAACAAAAUCUGGCAGGUCUGCCCAUCUGGUUUCACGAUACAGACCACGUGCUCCCAUAAUUGCUGUGACACGUAAUGCACAGACUGCCCGCCAAGCACAUCUUUAUCGUGGUAUCUUCCCAGUGCUGUACAAAGAGCCUGUGCAUAAGGCCUGGGCCGAAGAUGUAGAUCUCAGAGUUAACUUUGCCAUGGAUAUUGGUAAAGCGCGUGGCUUCUUCAAGACUGGCGACAUAGUAAUUGUCUUAACAGGCUGGCAGCCAGGCUCUGGUUUCACCAACACCAUGCGGGUUGUUCCAGUUCCUUAAACCAGGCACUAUCUAACCCCUCUUCUCUCUCCCUUCCCCCUGUUAUCUGCACUUAGAUCUAUUUCCCCUUAACAGAUGUAAACACUUGCAGAUUUCCAUUUCUGUAUGUGGAACUUGGGGAGAUGGAAGCAUUUGUUGUAUGCAGCAGUGCACUUUUUGCUGCUCAUUACAAUAGCUAGUCUACACAAUGCUGCUCACUCCUUUCUUUGGGGGUGAAAGAAAUGUUUAAUGCUGCUUGUCAACACUCCGCAAAUGUGUCCCCUGAGUACAUGUUAAGUAUGUUUCCUGUCUGGGCAGCUAUAUAUUGCGUGUGCAGCUAGGACUGUCAUCUUCCUGACUGUUGGUUUAGUGUUGAAUAAAAUGUUAAACAAGU